UAGACACAAAUACUUUGUUUACAUGCACUUAGACGUUUUUUAUUGAAUUAUAUUAAUAACACUAAAAUAAGCUAUUUAUACUUGAACUUGUUCUAUUUUUUCUUUCUAAUUGAACCAUAACUAAACAUAAAGGCAUGGCAGGUAGAGGCAGAGGACGAGGAAGUACUGUCUCCCUAACACAUGAACAACUUCAAGCCCUAGGAAUUACGCGAGGUGAAAACACAACUCAAGUCCUUGCUCCGCCGCCGUUGUUUCCCAAACUAGAAAAUAAACCUUUGCCAUUAAACUGUGAUGCAGCUAUUGAUUAUAUGUUGAUCGUAAAAGACCAAUUUUUAGAAUAUCUACACGAGUCCCCUGCUUAUGUAAAGGCCUAUAAAAAAACUGACGGCAUUGAACGGUACUCUGACAAGUAUAAACUUCUUGCUCUGGAUGAUAAAGGUAGGCGUUUACUUGAUUGUGUUUGGAACAAUAUGCCGCCAGAACUGAGACCACAGGCCGGUUCUGUUAGGUCAACCCUACGGAAACGUAGAUUAGAUGAUCCAAAAGAUAUAGAAAAGCGAUUGAAACUAUUAGAGAAGAAGGAGAGCCAAGAAGACACUAUGGAAGUAGUUGAUACAAAUACUAGCACAGCUCAGAUUCCUAAGAAUGAGGAUGACAUUGAUGAGGACCUUGAAGAUGAAGAGGAACAAGAGGAUGAGAUUGAUGAUGGAACAGAUUAUGCUAACAAUUACUUUGAUAAUGGUGAAUCAUAUGAAGAUGAGGAUGACAAUUUGGAUGAUGGUCCUGUCUACUAAAGUGAUAUUUGGGUGUCACCUGUAUAUUACCUUUGCAUACUGUGCCAAUACAUACUUCAAGAUACAGGCUGGUGCUGCAUGGAGUAAGGGUUCUAAAGCUGGUCUAUGUAAGCAACACUGCAGACCUUGUUUUAAAGCACAUGAUGUUCGAGCUUUCACCUCUCCUGAUGAUUUUGGACUUGUAUAUAACUGUUUGAGAUUAAACACAAGUUUUACAAGAAUA